CGUCAUUUCGAAACGUGCUGUCAUCCGCGCAACCUGACAUAACCUCAAAACUUAGGCAAAUGCAAAACAAUACAGCGCUUCCGUGGUUUAUUUUCCGAGUUCAUGACUGUAAAAUCGAAUCUCAUCCAACUAUUGGUCGACAAUCGAUUACUAAAUUGGUUCUACUUAAAACCAUUUGAACCAAUCAAUAAAACAUCGACUUCAGUGCGGUCUCGACAUGUUUUAUGUGUAAAUGGUCGGGUAAAAUUAAUUGUAACUUACAGUUUAUCGUGUAAAACGCGUGUAGUGCAUGUAAAGUUGUGUAAAAUUGUGUAUUUUCCGUGAUUUCGUGGUGCCGGAAAAUAACAGCUAGGUUGAUGUGUGUGCGACCAUGAACUUAGUGAUUUGAGUGCUGAUUUAUUUAAUGUGCCUUGUACAAAGGACCAACUGUACAAAUUAGAAAUUAAUACUACGUUUAUAUCUUAUCGACUCAUCUGUGACUAAAUGUAAGGACUAUCUCGGUACUAUAAAAGACUGAUAAAACUAUCGUGUAUCGUGUUAAACAAUAAUCAGGUAUUAGAAAAUAAUGUAUUGGGGACCAAUAGUGAUACAAAAAAGAUUAGAAUAGAUAUACAACGAGUGGCUUAUUGUAACGAGAAGUCUUCUGUGAUACGGUUGUACAUGAUAAUACUAAUACUAUUGAAGAAUUUAAGGUUAUUAACAUGUUAUCGAAGACAGAUAACGUUCCGAACGGUAUAUUAAAUCCAGCUGAACCUAUUAAUACUAAACUAUUACUAUCAGAUGAAGAAGUGUUUAAAAAUGAUGUGUCGGGAAGUGUUAUGGAUGCACCGAUCAUUGCAGACACGAACAGUGAAGGGUAUACAGUGUACAAGGAACGUUGGUUGAUGCUAGCAUUCUUUGUAGUAUAUUCCGCAUCGAACUCGUUACAAUGGACGCAGUAUACGAUAAUAUCGGACGUUAUAGUGAAGUAUUAUGGUGUGACGAGCAACGCUGUGUCUUGGACUUCAAUGGUGUACAUGGUGACUUAUGUGCCUCUGAUAUUUCCGGCGAGCUGGCUGCUGGAUAAAACUGGUCUCCGUGUGACAACAAUCAUCGGCUCGUUCGGAACAUGCGCGGGCGCAUGGCUGAAGGUGUUCUCCGUGCCACAGGACAUGUUCUGGCUGGGCUUCACCGGCCAGACCGUGGUGGCCAUCUCUCAAGUCUUCAUUCUGAAUCUGCCACCACGCUUGGCUGCUGUAUGGUUCGGAGCUGACCAGGUCUCGUCUGCUUGCAGUAUUGGCGUGUUUGGUAACCAGCUAGGCGUCGCACUGGGAUUCUUCCUGCCUCCGAUGCUGGUGCGAGCGCAGGGCACCAUGGAAGAGAUCGGCGCUGACCUGCAGGUUAUGUUCUACCUCGUGGCCGGCCUUACCAGCGUGCUGUUCGUGUUCAUUGUACUCUUCUUCAAAGCAGCACCGCCAAGCCCUCCGUCUGCCGCGGCAGAUAUGGGCGCGGCCUUGGACUCCAACUUCCUGCUGUCCAUCAAGAAGCUGCUCACCAACCGCAACUAUAUCCUGCUGCUCAUCUCGUACGGCCUCAAUGUGGGCGUUUUCUACGCCAUCUCCACUCUGCUCAACGAACUCGUACUCACUUAUUACCCGGGUGCAAACGAAGACGCUGGUCGUAUCGGUCUGGUGAUAGUCGUUGCUGGUAUGAUCGGCUCAGUGGUGUGCGGCUUCAUACUGGACAAGACGCAUCGCUUCAAGGAGACCACGCUGGCUGUGUAUGCUGCCACGGUCGUGGGCAUGAUCAUCUUCACGUUCACUUUGGACUGCGGAUACAUCGCUGUUGUCUACUUCAGCAGUAUCUUCCUUGGUUUCUUCAUGGCCGGCUAUUUGCCCGUUGGGUUUGAAUUCGCCUCUGAAGUCACUUAUCCUGAACCUGAGGGAACUACGUCUGGGCUUCUCAACGCUUGUGCUCAGAUAUUCGGAACGAUUCUAACACUGUUGUUCGAAUGGAUGUUGGGUACGGUAGGCGACAGAUGGGCUGACCUCGCCAUGUGUGGUGUACUGGCACUCGGUACUGCGGUCACUGCGGCCAUCCGCUCCGACCUGCGGCGACAGGCUGCGCAGAAUAAGGCCUAAACAUAUACCUAUAUCUUCUUCAAGUGCAAUCUCAUACCGUGGGCAACCCAUCGCUUAGCAUCGUUCAUCAAAUGGCGUUGUAAGAUAGCAAUACCGAACAGUCAAACUUAGACUUUAUUUUCAUAGUAUUGAGGUUCAAUUUUAAUAGUACGAAUGACACGACCUAUCAUGUCCAUCAAUCCACUCCAACCUGCGGCGGCGCAGAAUAAGGCCUAAACAUAAAAUACCUAUUGCUUAAAAAUAUGUCAUGUAUGCAAGACUACCCAUCGCCAAGUUAAUCUAAAAAGUCAGAAUAGCGCUGUAAUGUGCCAACACUCAAAUUUAAACUCUGUGUUGUUACUUUAAGGUGCAAUUUCCAUUGUGUAGUGGCCUAAAUCUCUAUAGCUUUUUCUUAGUGAUAUUUUUAACUAAUGUAUUUGCCCCGAAAUUAAACUUCGCGGCCUAUGAGUUCCCGUCGGACCUAAACUGCAAAUAAUUGUUUCAUUGCACGUCGGUAUAAGCGGCGCCGUCUGCUAACACAACUGCAAUGUUUUAGCAUAAAGAUUUUGCAUGUAAAAAAUCAGCCAGGCGCUCUCUUUAUCUCUCGCGGGAAAAAGUCCUACUUUUAUUAUUUCUAUUAACUUGACACUUGGCUAAUUUUCGGCUUAAAGCUAUUAAUUUACAAGUUAUAUGUUAAUUUUAGGUAAUUAUGUGCAUUCAUUGAAAGAAUAUGACGCUCUUGCAGAUAGAUAGACGGUUAGAUGCAAACUCACCCUAGUAGUCUUAGAGACUUCGUCUCACUUGAUCAAAUAUGACUAGGUAAUGAGAUCAACUGAUCGUAGAAGGAAAAGUUUACGAAGAAAAUAGUACAAGGCUUGCGUCAAGCAGCUCUAUUACUAUAUUCUCGAAGCAAGACCUAGACCUCUUUUACUGUCCGGUCUGUGACAUAGAAAAAAUACAUCAGCAAAAGAAUUUUUAGAAAUUUUACUAAAUAAAAGACCUAGAAAAUUUUAAAACUAAUAAGUAAGUAUAAUCGUGUAGUUCUAAUAUUAAUUAAGGACAUCUUUAAAUGUACAAUUUUGAAAUAGUAUGUGUUUUAUAAACGUGACAAUAAAUGCGUGUCUGCGAAAAUAUAACGAAAAGGAAAUAUUUUAUCUGAUAUAAGUAUACCAAGGUUUAGCCUUUAGGACUCGAAAAAAAUAUUUUGAUGUCGUAGACUAGGAGUUUUUCAUAUAAUAUUAUACCCUAAUACCAGUGCUGAAAUUAGGCAUAAGUAAAUAUUGAAAAAUUUUACGAAAAAUGUUUUGGAAAUUUUAAAAAUACAGAGAUACCUACCUAACUUUAAUUUUUUUUUAAGUGUACCUAUUAAAAUGAUGGUGAAUCAUGCAAGACUUAAUUUAUAUUGUAGUCCCUACUUACUAUGGCAUUAUACCUAUUUUGAAAAACUGUAGGUUGGUAGGUACUAUAGGUUUUAGUUACAAAGUGGACACUGCUAGUAGGACUAGGUACGAGUAGGUACUUUGUGGUCCACAGCUGGUAUGACUAUUUUUGAAAUAGUAGGUACCUAUGUUUCUACUAAUUAUAUAAUAAUUUUAUCUUAAAAUCUUCUUUAAGUAAUUCAUUUAAGUUUAAGUUAUAAUUAAUUCGGUCUACAAGACCCAUUUUUAUCUAUUCCAAAAGGCAAGUGAUUAAUAGAGUUAAGCAUUUAUUAAAUGUAAGAAGCUUGAAAUAUCAUAUUUGUGAUUUGUGAAGAUUCGGGGUACUGAAACUAAACUUUAAUUUUAUGAAUAAAAAUAUUUUAUGUGAUCUAAAUAACUUGUAGACGAGACAAACUUAGCCUUCAUUACUAUAAACCUAUGAAGCAUGAUGAAUAAACAUGGUUUUUCAUCUUUGAAACUGAGGUUAGUUUAGUUUUUUACCCUCGAAUCCUAAAAGUGCUUGGAAUAAAUUAAUGACAAUAUGUAUUGAAAGUGAUAAAUUGUAUAGCUUACUAAAUUAUGGUAAGCGACAUGUAAGCGAUAAUAAAAUAUGGCGUGCUCUUUCGACAUAGCUACUAUUUGAACAAUAUAAAAACGUAAGCAUUAUUAUUACUUAUACUUUAAUGUAUCUUUAUUCUUUAAUGACCUAGCCAGAUAUUGUUCAACAGAAAUAAAUACAAACAAAAAAGUUUCCAAAUAGCUAUACCUAUAUUAUGUUUCAAACGCUUUUAUAAAACCAUAUAUAAUAUUUAACCGCACAAAGUGUCGUCCUUUAAAUCAAAAGCCUAACAAAUUUCGUAAAUCCAGGCCAACGGGAAGUACCCUAUAGGUUUUAUUGACAGACACGACGGAUGGACAGACAGAGAGACAACAAAGUGAUCCUAUAAGGGUUACUUUUUCCUUUUGAGGUACGGACCCCUAACAAGCACCAAAUACGUCUAUUCCUAGUCGAUCUGGGAAUACUCAAUCAAAAGUUGAAUUUUUCAUCAUUUUUCCUCUCCACUUUCAUUAGUCAAACUGUUCGUGUAGCCCCGUUGGCCCCGCUAGCCGUGUCCCCGUUAACGGGGACAACGGGAUUCGAAUAAAAUUAUUAAAAACUUGUCCCGUUUUCCCCAAAACUGUUCAAUGCUAGGUCGCUAAAGACAAACUGUUUUUUUAUCUUUUACAAUCCCAAUUAUUUAUUAAUCUGUGAUUCCGUUAAUUAAACUUUUCUUUUUUGUAUCCAUAAAGAAAGGCUUGUGAUUUAAUGUUAAAAUACCUAAUAAUAUGAUUUUUCUAGUACCCAGUAUUAUUCUAUUUUAAGAUAUUGUUAUAAAUUAUUA